AGUGGACUUGGGAUUUGCUCUAAUCUCUCAUAACUUUCGCUCCCGAAUUAAAGGAUAUCGCUCACGUUGCGCCACGCCGACAGGAGGACACCAGCCUUUCGGGGGAAUCCCGAUUACUAGGAGCGUCAGUUUCGGUAGUGCUUCCGUCAUCAGAGGAGAAGUGGUGUGCUCCAGGACCAGGGCAUUGAUCGGGUUGUUAUUUUUUCACGCUGCGUUAGGCAUAGGGAUUUCCAAGUUCGGCCGGAACAACCCUGGUUGAUGGCAGUAAAUGGAUUAGGAUGCAGGUUCUGCCGCUGACAGUUUCAAAAUAUUGAAGGGUAUCGAUUAUCUGUCGACGGUUCGUUAACUUAAUGUACCAAUCAAAAUGAGUACGCCUACGGAAGCCAGAAGGCUGGAGCUGGAGGACUGGGAGUUCGUUAAACGAGGCAUUGUGCUAUGGCUCAAUAAUAAGCCGCAAGCGGCCGAGGAUAGCUUCAAGGAUCGCCCGGCCAGUGUACACAUUUUUGCUGGACAUACCUUCAUCUCUUUCAUGAAUGCCGUCAUAUCAUGGGAAACGGAGAAAAUGAACGAAGCUCAGACGCGCCUGAAGGAGCUGGAAAAGCAAUGUGCCGGUGAUGUCGGUUGGUUGAAAUCAGUUCGAUCGAAACUUUUCGGAGGCAGCGGCGUAUCCCGCAAACCACUCACGGAAAGUCUCGAAGAACAGAUUAUACUGGCCGACAGUCAGCUUUGCCUGGCAAUACUGGAAUCGUUGAGUCAGGACAUCAGCGGCUUUAUGAAGGGUGGUUGGCUGUUGCGGAAAGCCUGGAAAGUGUACCAGCAUACGUAUCAGCAGAUCUACCGACUGUACACUGGAUCCCAACCGACUGAGGCGACAGAUUCAGUGCCACAACCCCCGCUAACGCAUCCAGAGGUACCUAGAAGUACGGUAGCUGGUUCACUUGAUCUCAGCUCACCGACCUCUACCGAUUGGACGGUACCAAACUCCACAUUACCGACACCCGAUGCAGAGUGUGAAUGGCCCAAUUACCAGGAGGAUAUGCGGAAAUCGAAAACUAUGACGUUUGGUCCCUCCCCUUCAACAAACUCCUCGAGUGAAAUGGUAUCAAGUGAGUCUACUAGCGGAAGUGUAAAGAGGGGAAACACGACCGGUGGCACAGGAUCCAGUAUGGAGUCUUUAGAGGAAAAUCCCUACAACAUUGCCUGUGCCCUUGACAGAACAGCGAGCCAGCAACUAACGCUGGAUUUGAAGUCAGCAAAGCACACAAACUUGAACAACGGUAUUGUUUCGAAGGACUCAUUUGCGGUAUCACGGCAUGGAACCAAUGCAGGAGCAAUCCGUCCAGAAGAAAUUCGUCGAUUGAUGGGAGCAAUCAGCUUCGGUUAUGGAGUCUUUCAGCUCAGCAUUUCCUUGCUGCCACCGAGUUUGCUCAAAUUAAUAAGUUUUCUCGGUUUCGAAGGAGACCGCGCUAUGGGAAUUGCUUGCCUAAGAUUUUCCCGACAUUCCUGCGACAUGCGAGCACCGUUGGCCACUCUGGCGCUUCUCUGCUACUACACCAUCGUGACGCCACUGUUUGCCGUCAACGGUACGAACCUUAGCUUUGAGAUCCAGGCCGCGCAACAGUUAAUUGAUGAAGCGGAUGGACAGUUUGCGAAAUCUUCACUCUUUCUGUUCUUCCGUGGAAGGGUCGAGCGGUUGAAGACUAACAUCCCGGAAGCAAUCCGUGCGUACGAGUUGGCCUAUCGUUCUUCAGCUCAGCGGGAGAUAAAAUUGCUCUGCCUGCAUGAAAUAGGAUGGUGUCGCUUGAUACAGCUGGACUAUGGGGUGGCUAUGCAGAAUUUCAAAAAACUCAAGAUGCGCAGUAAAUUUUCUAGAAGCUUUUACUCCUACCUUACGGCCAUCUGUGAAGGAGCCUUUGGCCAGUAUUCAAAUCUCGUCCAUUGGCGUGCGGAUAUACUGGAGAUGAUAAACCGUUCCCCUCAGAAGGAUUCACAAAUCCAUAAGUACAUAUUCCGGCGCUGUCUGAAGUUGCCCCGGGCAGAAGGAGGAUCACAGCCACGUUUUAGUAGCUCAUUGUACUGGAAGUAUCUCGUGUUUGAGAUGCUUUUCCUGUGGAACGCUUUAAGCAGCUGUAGCGUGGAGCAGUUGGAAAGUAUCCAGAUGGAUUGCUCACAACCGGUAGAAACCUCCUCCGAGCCGAUGUUGGGUAUUUCCCGGUUGGUACUCGGUGCCUGUUUGGCCUGCCUUGGACGUUAUGAUAAUGCAAUACUGGCGUACCGGGAGUGUAUUGCCAUGCGCGAAAAAGCAUCCGGCGAGCAACAGGAUAUUCACAUUUCUGCGUUCGCCUACUAUGAACUAGCCGUCCUGUUGCUCCGUCAGCAUGGUGAUGAAGAAGCGCAGCGUAUCGAGGCGCGACGGUUGCUAGUGUACGCGCAGCAGAACUUUAGAAACUACGAUUUCGAUAAUCGCGUCAGCGUACGCAUUCAUAACGUGCUGAAGAGGUUGGAAUCAUGAACAUACACGUGUAGGUAGUAGGGUUAUUCUAUAGGUUGGUGCCUUAUUUACUGUUCGGGAAACAUGUUGCAAAGCUUCUCGUUGGUAUAAUUCGAUACCCCAAGCGAGCCAGUUAACAAUUAAAAAUUGAAUAUUCUACUUGCUUUCCAGUGACUAGUACAAGAAAGUAAGAUUCAAAUGUUUGAAACAAUUGAUGCUUUGCACAAACUUGCAGGUCAAAGUUGAUCGCGCUGUAGAUAGCAAAUGAAAGCGAUCCACGAAGUGUGUGAUAUCCCGCGGUAUCCGUCACAGUUGUGCACAAAUUCAAGCUUAAAAGAAAGCCUCCGAUGAGAGAGAGAGUUAUACACUGUAAGUUUUAUAACCUCGUAUGAAAAAAGCGGAUACAGUAAUCAAUCAAAAGUUCAACAAUCAUCGCCAAUAACAUGUCUGGAACAGGAAACAAUAAAUUUUUAUAAAACAAAGCUAGCGCUAAAGAUUGCAACAAACAUUGUUAACGCACCUAAUCUUCGUCUAUCGCAGUUGCUGAAUAAAGAUAAGUGCAUUAAGUACGGCGUGGCUGCGUCGAUUUCUC